AUGGUUGCAAAAGCAACUAUUGAGGAAUACAUGAAGAAUCUGGCGCUGCCUCUUACUUGUGUUAUUGUUCCUGUAUGCUAUGAAGACUUCACCAAAAGUUACAAACCAAUCAGGUCACCAUCAACAGGGAUUUAUGAAAGUUUCAUCCCAAUGGGUCUAACCCCACUAGACAUGAUCAGCCGAGAGGAUGUUGGGCAUAUUGUAGCCAAGAUAUUCCAAAAGAGGCCAAAAAUGCUACAUAAGAUCAUCAGUAUGAGUGGAGACAAACUCACAAUGAAGCAAGUUGCUGACUGUCUUACCAAUUCUCUGCGUCCAAUUGAAUUCAAACACAAACAGAUCACUCCAAAUGAGUUCAGCAAAAUUCAUGCUCUCGACAGUGCUUCAGACGUGGCAUCAAUGUUCAGCUUUCUCCUCCGUGUUGAUCAAAGACAUUGGACAGAGACAACCCGAAAUAUCUACCCACAUGUAAGAUCUUUCCAAGAAUGGGUCACUAGUAAUCAAAAUAUGCUGAGGAGAAUUUUCUGA